GUGAUUUUGUGACGCGAGUCGUGACUACGUAAGUCAGUUCGGCGGCAGAAGCGCAGAGAUGAUGUUGGCUCCGGCAAUACUCAGCCUGCUCCUUUUCAUAGCUGGGAUGAGUGAGGCAGUUCAGAAGCGGUGGGUGCAGACGUGGGACCUCAACUCCCCAAACAACUGGAAGAAUGGACAUCUUCCCUGUGCUGGAAAGGCUGCCAUCCUCCCCCUCUAUCAGAGGUCUCCGAUGUUCCUUGGGGACGACCUCACGUUGGGGUCACUGGAAUUAUCCCUCGAUGGUGAAGUAAUCUUCGGUGAUGGUGCCAAUAUGAUGCUUGACACUUCCACCAAAGACAACUGUCAAGAUGCGACCUGGACGCAUCACGGUCAAGACAAAUGGUGGGACCCUGAUGCUUGGGAGCACCCGUCCUUCAAAGACCCGUCUACGUCUCCUAUUCCACACACGCACCGGAUUCCCUGUACCAGAGAUGGUGCAGUCUUCACCAACCCCGAAGAGUCUCUGUAUACUGUCCACCUCUCACCGCCAACCAUCUCAGUUACCAGCCUCUCCAUAGGCAAAAAGAAUUACACCACUUCAGAAUUUGCUACAUACACCUUGACCAGUGAGGGAAACUUCAUGUUCACUGGGGCUUCAAGUAGUGAUGGUGCUCCCUUAUAUGUAGAAAGCCCUGAAGAAUGUAGAGAUGUGACAGGUUGUCUAUGUGGCACUGAGAGUGCUGCCUCCAUCAUCUGUGGCAUAAUGUCUGCCAAGUGCUUAAGUCCUCAGUGCAACAAACCAAUACAGAUGACAGGCUUUUGCUGUCCUGUGUGUGGAGCUGAAGUGACAAUUAGCCACAGUGGAACAUUACCUCUUGCUAGUUUGUCAGCUCUCUUGGCGGACCACCUUAAGACUCCUGCCCUCCAACAUGUCUCAGCAUAUGCUGCAAAAAUGGAUGAUGGAUUUCAUCACGUUUACUUCACUGCUGUCAAUGAAAAAGGGGACUACAAACUUGCAGCAGAGAGUUUUAAGAAAAAAUUCGAUCAAGAGCUGAACGCGGGAAGUUCAUAUGAAGCGUUAGUGGCGUACUCUGGAAACAUCAUUCCUAAAGAGUCUAAUAGGAGUGUAGCCCCACACAAUAUAGGGGUUAUAGUUGCCAUCCUCAUCACUCUUGCCAUCUGCUUUGCUAUUGGUGCUGCUGUCUAUCACCUGAGGAAGCGCAGGGCAACGUCUCGAUUCUCGUUCAUGUUCCGACGUCUUGAGAGCAGUAGCCGUCGUGUGUCAGUGGCCAGUGAUAUGGUAGGAGGACGACGAGCCUCAACAACAUCCAGUAUUUUUACCUACAACAGAGAAGGUGGCUUAAGAUUCUUCAACCCUAUUUUCAACCAGUCCAUGGCAUCUCUAGCAGGAGCGGGCCUAUCAUCCGCAAUCAAUGAAAAUAUUCAAGUUCCUGCUGGAGAUCAAGUAGAAGGGCAGCAUGAGAACCCUAUGUAUACUGCUUACCAAAACAUGUCCCCCGAGGAACGUCAGGCUUCAGAAGACACACUUCGUGCUCGAGAGAGAAUCCUCGAGGCUGCAGGAGAACUUGUUGCUUCCAUGGAGUCUUCACCAAUUCUCAACAAAGAUGUGAAAACAAUUGGGCCAACGAGUGACCUUGGAGUAAUAGAAGAAGAGAGAGAACCAAAGACCGAUGCAAGUGAUCUGAAUGAAACAACGGAUAAUGGCACAGAAGAAACAAAUGAUAAAAACAGCAACCCUCUUGAAUCAUUUAAUGUUAGUUCGCUGCAGAAAGAUAAAACUGACGGAGAUGUUCUGAUAGACGAUUCUCAAAGUGAAGUAAAGCUUGAUGAUUCUGAAGACAAAACAUGCACAACUAAUGUUUCACUUCAGAUAGAGAGUGACUCUAGCACAGAUGCAGUCAAGAGUGAACUGACUGCCAAAGAUCCCAUAAACAUUGAGGAAAAGGAAAUUGAUGGCUCAGUGACCAAGCAAGAUUUGACAGAAACUGAGGAUACUCAAGGACAUCCUGCCAGCUCUCUGAAUCUUGAAAACUAUUCAACUAGUUCCUCUUCUGAUGAUGAUGCCUCAUUUACACCUAAGAAUCUUGAAGGUUUUACUCCUCUUGUAGAACUAAAUUAGAUAUUAUGUGGAGGAUAUCUGUUGCAGCCAGGCAGAAAUAUGAUUGGGAUUCACCUAUCAUUCUACAAGCUUAUCUAAAUACCAAAAACAUGCCUCUUACUGCCUGAUGGUCCAGCCUUUAGCUGUACUUGUACUCCAUAUUUUGUUAUAAACUUAAGAAUAUAUUGCUGGGCCUUUACAA